CGCAUCUGAAACCAAAACCACAUCAAAGCUGACAUCAUUUCAUGAGCUCAUGAAGGUAUGUUCCUGCAGCAACAGAAAACACAAAUUUCACUUUUUAGAGAGACUUUCCGUACACCUUUUGAUUAUCUUCAGUUUUACGGUAGGCUUACAUAAUGUAGACAUUUGUAGUCAUAUAUUUAACCAAAUAUAUUAGUUUUAAUGUGUAAUUUAUGUACCGUCUGUUUGGCAGGAAGCCACUUGCAGUAACAACAGAGAAUUACCUCGCGCUCUCUUCCUUUCUGAAAGAAGAGAUCAUCUGUGGAAAAAGCGUUACUGUUUGUCUUGAUAUGACUCCUGCUAUAUGAACUAUUGUUUUUGCGAUUUGCAAAGAUGGAACAGAGUUUUGCUGAUCUACUUAGUGAUGCAUUUUCAGAAACAUCUGUUCCUUUAUUCCCUGAUGGAGAUUUGGACUUUGAGAAUUUAAAUUUUGAUGAAAAAUUUGAAGAGGACAAAACAGACAUCUCUCAACAAAACUUACCAACAAAGGAAGACGUUGCUCUGCACCAGGAAGCAACUGGUCAGACGGCAGUUUUGUCUAGCGUGGAAACUAAAGAUAUAUACAUGGCUGAAAAUGUUGAAAAAGAGCGGUCUGAUGAUAAAAGCAAUGAGGAGGAUUUUCAAAGUGUAGGGGUCAUGAGCACGGACAAAACAGCAGGGGAGGAUUACACAAGCUCAGAUGGAGAUUCUGAACAGGAAGGUUCUGUCUCUGGAGAAGAUGAAGAGGAUGAGGAAGAGGAUAUGGGAACAGGAGAGAAACCAGGGGAUUUGUUGAUGACGGUUCACGCAUUUUGCGAUGGUAAUAAAGAGGACAGGAUCUUUGCUGAGGGACAACCCCUGGCCCCAGAGGGUGCUGAAAACCCUCAGGUUAGAAACGAGGAGCAAGGGGAGAGUGAGGGUGAUGAGGAGGUGUGCUAUUUUGAGAGAGUCCCUGAACGUGGCAGUGAGAUGAUGAUAAAAGGUGACGGGAUUGAAGAGGAUGAGCAAGAAAGGGAAGAAGAAAAGCAAGAGGACUCGUCUGAUUCUGAGUGUGAGGGCAUGAAAGUCGAACACAAAGUAAAUGUUCUGGCUCGGUGCUUUGAGCAGGAGGUUGGAAAUCCUUGCAGAGAUGGCCCAGCGAAAGCCAGUUUGGAGUUUCCAGAAAUAUCAAAGCAAAAUCUGCAGGAUCUUAUUGCUGAAGUUGAUAGUGAGGAGUAUGAAGAGAAAAUGAAGGAUUUCUCAGGUGAGGAGCACCAAGAGGCCGGUGAGAGCUUUGCAGAUUAUCCCUCAGACUUUUCCUCAUGUGAAUAUGCAGAAGAUGGAGGAAAAAAUCAAGAAAGCAAACACCAGCCAAAUGCCUUGGCUUGUACAUCUGACAGCGGUUCAGUUGCAAAGCAGAACACCUGCCUGGAGAGACCUUUGACAGAUAUAACAUGGACGGGAAGAGCUGAGGACACUGAUGAGGAGGGAGACGAGUAUCUGUACAGCAGAGAUUUAGAGGUGGAUGCUGAUAAGUUCAGGAGCCUGGAUGUGGCAGCUGGAGAAACAGAGAUUGUCGAGCAUGUGUUGGGCGAUGCAGCUGUGACAGGGAGUGAUGAUGGAGGUGAAACAGGUGAGAGUGAUUCCUACAGCUCCAGUGACGAUGAGGUCCAAGUAAAGAGGAGUGAUGAGGAACUCCUACAUCAUUUGUUUUUACGAGAUUCUGAGACUCACCUUCACGGUGGGAGCAGUGCAGCGUUUGACAGUCGUAUAUCUGACGACUACAGCAGAGCAGAUCCAGCGGAUUUCAACAUAAAUUGGAAUCUAGAUGUGGUAACAACUGAUACCCUUCUGUCUGAAGACCUGUUAACCACAGAGGACACAGACAAAGCAGAAACACUGCUUUCAUGUGUGACUCAGCGUCCUGCAGAAGACGUCAACAGCUACUCAGUGGUACAGAGAGGGGACGCAAAAACCACAAGUCCCUCUAACCAGGGGUCCCUGGAUGAUAGCUUCUUCUUCAACACUGAACUUGAAACCUCUGGGAACACUGAGCUGGGGCAGUUGGGAGACGACGAGUACGAAGACGAUAGGAACUGGGAACAAGAGGAGAGAAUCAAGGCUUUCCACGAGUUUUAUGAUGACAGCGACAAAGAGAAUGAAAGAGAAGGGAGGCAGAUAAAAGUUAAGUUUUGUACAGAUCCAUUGUCUCAAGUCAUUCACUAUGAAACUGACAGCAGUGACAGAGAUUCACUCAGCAGCUCCACAGACGGGGAGAAGGACCUGAGCUCUGCAGAAACAUCUGAGGAAUUAAGGGAGCCUGAUGACACCAUGCAAAUAAAACCUGCUUGUGAUCCCCCGAACACUCAGCAACCAGAGAAUGUGCCAGACGUCAGCAAUACUCAAAUUUGUACCAGGAAACACAAAUGUCUCAACAUGCUAAAGCUGAUACUGAAGAUGGGUGUGGUGAUUUCACUGGGACUGCUGAUGUUCUGGUUGGCCACAGACCAAGUAGGCUGGUUUGGCCAAGCGUCGUUCUUUUAGGGCAAAACGCAAUGUUUGGUCCUUAAAACGUGUUCACAUGCCUACAGAUGAUGAAAGAAAAAUCCGAAAUGACAAUGCGACGUAAUGUGCUACACAUUACGAACUUGUGUUCUGUUUUCUGUAAUAUGCAAUUUUGUGCUUAAUAAAGAUCUCUCUUUGUUUACAA